CCCAUUUCCGCCCAAAAUGCAAAGAUUAGUACCCCAAAGGGCGCGCAUGCUCUGGGGCCAUGCACCUCGCGUCCGGUCUUUCAACCGUGCACACAGAACCUUUGCUACCGUCUCCGGCGCAGAACGGCCCUACGAUGUCAUAGUCAUCGGCGGCGGCCAUGCAGGCUGCGAAGCCUCUGCAGCGGCAGCCCGCUCCGGCGCACGAACAGCUCUCGUAACGCCCUCCGUUUCCGACCUCGGCGUCUGCUCAUGCAAUCCCUCCUUCGGCGGAAUUGGCAAAGGCACUAUGCUUCGCGAGAUCGACGCGCUCGAUGGCGUCGUGGGCCGCAUAGUGGAUAAAGCGGGUGUGCAGUUCCGCGUGCUGAAUCGCAAGAAGGGGCCUGCGGUUUGGGGACCGCGAGCGCAGAUUGAUAGAAGUUUGUACAAGAGGUAUAUGAGGGAGGAGAUGACAAGCUAUAAGGGGCUGAGUGUGGUGGAAGGGAGUGUGGCGGAUAUCAUCGUGGAUAGAGAGGUGGAUGGGGCCAAGGGCAGAGGACGGUAUGGGAAGAUUACUGGCGUAAGGUUGGAGAGUGGGCAGGUUGUCCCCACGGGCCAUGUGAUUAUUACUACGGGGACCUUCUUGGGUGGCGAGAUACACAUAGUAGGUCUCGAAGCAUAUCCAUCGGGACGAAUGGGCGAAGCUGCGACCUUUGGGCUGAGCAAAUCAUUACGAGAAGCCGGAUUUACACUAGGAAGGCUAAAGACUGGAACGCCACCUCGACUAGACAAGAAAACGAUCAACUUCGGCAUAUUAGAGGCCCAAGAAGGAGAUGACCCACCGAUACCAUUCAGCUACCUGAACGACAGAGUGCAAGUGGAAAACCAACUCCUAAACUACGAGACGAGAACGAACGAGGCGAUGCACGAUAUAAUCCGAAGAAACCUCGACAAAUCGAUACACAUCCGGGAAACAGUCAAAGGACCAAGAUAUUGUCCAUCAUUGGAGUCAAAGGUCAUUCGAUUUACCGACAAAACAUCACAUAUAAUAUGGUUAGAACCAGAGGGCUUCGAUACCGACGUCAUAUAUCCGAAUGGCAUCUCCAUGACUAUGCCCGCGGACGUCCAGGAUGCGAUGUUGAAGACAGUCAAAGGCCUAGAGAACGUAAAGAUACUCCAACCAGGGUACGGUGUGGAGUACGAUUACAUCGACCCUCGAAACUUGCGCUCAACGCUCGAGACCAAGAACAUAUCCGGCCUUUUCCUUGCGGGCCAAAUCAAUGGCACCACCGGCUAUGAAGAGGCUGCCGGUCAAGGUGUCAUCGCCGGUAUCAACGCAGGGCUUGCCUCUCAAGGCAAACCUCCCAUGUCUCUCACACGAGCCGAUGGCUACAUUGGCAUCAUGAUCGACGACCUCAUCACCAAGGGCGUCUCAGAGCCUUACCGCAUGUUCACUUCACGCUCCGAAUACCGCAUGUCAGCUCGCGCUGACAACGCUGACACCCGGCUCACUGCUCUAGGGCGCGCCGCUGGGGUCGUGACCGACGAGCGCUGGACAGUGUUUGAGCGCGAGGCCGAAGAGAUGGCAGAAUUGUCUAAGCUGUUGCAACAGAAGACGAUGGGCUGGACAGAAUGGAACAAACACGGGUUCGGCGUCCGCAACGAUUCCACGAAGCGCUCAGCCUAUGACAUCCUCCGCAUGGUCAACACUUCCUGCCGCACGCUCCUCGACGUACUCCCCCAGAUCUCCAACUUCUCUCCACGGAUCCAAAACCGCGUCGAAAUAAACGCCACAUACGCGCCCUACGUCGCGUACCAGACAGCAUCCCAGCAGCGCUGGCUCAAAGACGAGAAUCUCAGGCUACCGGAGGAUCUGGACUAUGAGAGCAUCUUUGGAUUGUCUUUUGAAGAGAAGCAGGCGUUGAAAAUGGCAAGACCUGAGAGCGUGGGCAUGGCGAGACGAGUGGAAGGGGUCACACCAGCGGGGGCGUUGAGGCUAUUGCAGUUUGUUAAGGGGGUGGGACGUGGGGAGAGGGAGGCGAGGAUAAAGGAGGAGAUUGAGGAGAGGAAGAGGAUGUUUAUGAAUGUCGCUGGGGAGGUUGCCUAG